AUGAGGGAGCCUCUCAACUAUAUCCUGCUUGGACUAUCUUUAUCCAGCCUCAGUCUUGCUGGGGUUGUGAAACGAGAUACAGUUCGGUUUCGUGAUUUGAGUGUGACCGCCGGCUCACUCCAUAACAUCCAUGUUGAAUUCGAUGACGACUUUGAAGGACCUCUGCAUAUUGUAUAUGGUGACUGUGGAAAAGACCAUCCGAUAUACAGCCAUCAUGAGAUUGGUAGCGUAUACGUGAAGCGUCAUGAGCAACCAGGGAGAUUCGUCUGGAUUACCCCUUCUGAUGCCCCACCCGCGAACUGUAUCCAUGCAUUCUCUGGGGAAGUAUUGUUGGGACGCUCAUCACCUAUCCAAGUCUCGAAGCCUCUCAAGAGACGUGAAAGUAUUGCAGAUGUCGCAGAUAUGGAGGGUCCUUGGUUCGAUGGCGUCGCCUAUAUGAAGUCAAAGAAAAAUAGCGACGCUUUCAUCGCCAAAGCAAAGGAUACGUCCGUUGCGAUUCUUGGUGGUGGCAUGUCCGGAUUAAUGACAAGUCAUCUCCUCGAAUCAGUCGGUAUUCACAACUGGCAUAUCUUCGAAUCUUCCGAGCGAAUUGGUGGGCGUAUUCGCACCAAAUAUCUCAACAACAGUCGCCCAGAUCAAUAUCAGUAUCAAGAGAUGGGCCCUAUGCGUUUCCCAGUCAGCAUUACGUACAGUGACACCAAUGAGACCUUACAAAUCAUGGACCACCGCAUGGUAUUUCAACUCGGUCACGUUCUCAAUAAGAUGAAUGCCGGUAACCCUGAGCUUCAAGUCAACUUCAUCCCCUGGUAUGAGAAUGGACCCAAUCUCCCUGCCGACUCAGGUGGUGACCGACUACCGGAUGGCCGAAUCCCAACCAAUGCUGAAGUGUCAGCCAACUCAUCCCUAGUCUACACUGCACCCUCAUCCAACGCGACAGCUGUAUCAGAUGCCGAGGCCGCCUUUGAUAAUUACACCAAACUUGAUAAAAUUUCAACCAUUCGGAGUAUCGCACGAAAUAUGUACAAGGCCCACAAACAGGCACUUGAGGAUGGCAUGUUCCACUGGUCCGAGUGGGGAUACCUCAAAUAUGCCCUCGGAGUGAAUUCCAACAUCAGUGACUAUGUUGCUGGAACAACUGACACCCCCAUCUGGGGCGACUUCUACGAUGAUGUUUACUUUGCCGCAACAGAAUGGCACACAAUCGAUCAGGGUCUUGAGUCACUCCCCCGUGCUUUCUUCCCACACGUUGAGUCGAGACUUACACUCAACCGCACAAUCGAAGGUCUACAGUGGAACGAGACAUCUGGGAAGAUUGCUAUCGCAUGGCGUGAGGAUCCACUGCAGAUGAAGCCUGAAACUCUGGACUUUGACUAUGCCGUGGUCGCAGUUCCAUUUGGCAGAGUCAGAAUCUGGGGCCUUCCACGAUACUCGUCUCUUCUCAGCCGUGCCAUCUCUACCUUGAAUUAUGACCCCGCUUGCAAGAUGGCUCUGAUGUACAGGACGCGAUUCUGGGAACACCUCGAUGCUCCGAUCUACGGUGGCUGUGGAGCGGUUGAUGUAUCUGGAGUGGGUGAUGUUUGUUACCCAUCCUAUAACAUCAACGGCACCGGACCCGGUGUCAUCCUAGCGUCUUAUAUAUCUGGUACAGAAGCCCGAUCCGUCGUUUCUCUCUCAGAUGAAGCACAUGUUGCUCUUGUUCAGCGUGCCAUUGUUGAGUUCCAUGGUGAUAUUGCCGCUGAGCAGUUCACGGGUAUCUACGAUCGACAAUGCUGGGCUGUUGAUCCGGAUCAAGCGGGUGCGUGGGCCGAUCCACUGGUUGGCCAGCAAGAGCUUUACCUGCCAGCAUACUAUCAGACAGAGUUCAAGACCAUCUUCAUUGGUGAGCAUACGAGUUAUACGCAUGCAUGGAUUUUUUCGGCGUUGGACUCGGCUGUCCGUGGAACGACACAAUUGUUGCUUGAUCUUGGCUUAGUGGAUGAAGCGAAGUCAGUUGUAGACACCUGGAUGGGCCGAUGGAUUAGUCUGUAA